ACCCUUGCGUGCGUGUGGGAUUUUCUAGCCUGGUAAAUUCAGUGAAAAUUGGAACCUGAACUCACGUAAUGCACCAGUACCAAACAAAGAGAAAAAGAAAUUGGUGAGUGAAGAAGAAGAGUGUAUGAAGAAAAAAUUGCCAAAAGAGAGGACAUCCACUUAUGCUUGCAGAUCCAGCCUUAACUCAACUCGAGAUGAUACAUUCCAGCUUGGCCUAAUGGAAGCAAUGAACACAUUGACUGCAAAGGUUGGAAGUAUGGACACAGUCAUUGUGGAGAAGUUGUUGACUGCAGUCGAUGCAUCUGUAGAUGAAAAAGUAAAUGCAAGGAUUGGUGAAGCCGAGCUGGUAUUUACACAGAAAAUCUCCACUUUACAAGAAGAGAUUGCUCAACUUAGAGAGCAAAUGCAAGCUAAUGCCCCUAAAAAUGAUGCACACUACAAUGUGAACCAUGAAGAUGAGUCAAGAGCAAUGACCCGUCAUGGAAGGUCCAAGACAAAGUCUCAUCACAAAUGGAUGCGGCAGUACAAUGUGUGGUUAGAAAGAAAGCCAAAAAAUCCAAGGUCAAGCUAACGUGUCCGAUUCUACUUGACACUGGUGGUGAGAAGGUUGUUGGAACAACACAAGUAAAAAAACCAGCUAGAGAAUUGAAAAAUGUAAAGAAGGAGAAGGUUGAAGUUCCACAACUUAGGGAUUCUGGUGGAACUUGGUCUGAUUCGGAAGACAAGCAAAAAUAUGGUAAUCUAGGUGCCACGUUAGACCAGUUGGCGGCAUCAGUCUUGGAUGGACCUUUGCAAAAACGCAAGCCACAGCUGACAAAGACCCAAGUGUAUCCAUAUGUAGGUAACUCAACUGUCAAAAGGAUUAUAAAAGGUGAUGUCUCUAAAGCCUACUAUGAUCCCUUAGCUAAAGUUGUUGAGACAAAAUUUAAGAAGCUACUGGAUUAUCUAAGUCUUGAGUAAGUUUAAUUAUUAGAAAUACCUUAUCUGCUCUUAAUAAUUUGUUACUGAUAACGAUGUAGACACUCACUUCUAUAUGAGGCUAAUAACGCCAAGAAAUGUGUGGAAAACAGAUCGUUUUGGGUGGCUAUCAGAUUCUGUUAGUUUAUUUCUUUUUCUUGUAUCAACAUGAAUCCGGGUGGCUAACAGACAAUUUUUUUUACAGCAUACGGCAUCUGCAAUGCUUAUGUUUCAUAAAAGAGCUAUGAGGGACCCUUCACCAUACUCAGCAAAGAUAACUUUUCUUGAGCCUUGGUUUGUCAAGAUGUGGGUCAGAGACUACAAGAAAUAUGAUCCUAAAACGUGGAAGUUCUCAGAUACUUACAAGAAGGUGUUCAAUGGCAAUUACCCUACAGAGUUUUCCAACAACAGAAAGUGGCUGAAGGAUGUGGAUCAGUUGUUUCUUUGCCACUUGAUAAAUGGUGACCGUUGGGUCGCUUUAGAAGUGGAUCUUGACAAGAAAAUAAUCCAUGUUUACGAUAGCAUACAGACAGUUGUCCCAAGCAACACAAAUCUUCUAGAAGAGUGUUGUCCUUUCACAAAGAUGAUUCCUUUAUUGUUGAAAGAAAUGGUUCCAGAAAGGAAGAGUUCACA